AUGCCAAGAUUGCAAAGCGAAUCUAGCAUAUGUUUUGUUGGUUAUGAAAAGAUGGGCAAUGAAACAAAGCAUCCCCAUCAAAUUAGUCGUCAAAAUAAUUUCAUACCCAUUUUAGGCUCAUUCCGAACAGGACUCUUCCUGGAGUGCACGUCAUCAAGUGAGCCUUCUCAUGCACCUCCACUUCGAGAAGCACCACUACCUGGAAAAUGCCAUGCACCGGCUAGGGACAGCGACGUAGGCCAGGCUAAAUAUCCAAAAAUUAAUGAAAAUAGUGUAGAUGGGGUAAUUGCUCAAUUCAGGUGUAUUUGACU